AUGUUUGGAUUUUAUAUAUAUUCUAUGAUGUAUGUUCAAGGACUCACAAUGCAAGCUGUAUCAGCUGUAACAGGAUCUACACUCAUAAUUUCCUCUUUAAUAGUAAGUCUCACACCCAAUUUUCUAAUUCAAUCACAAUUUCAGUUAUUCAUCUACCUAACAUGUAUAUCCUCAAGAGUUUAUUAUGAAACACAAGGAAAAUUAUCACUCAAUAAAAGAUUCAAACUUUCCCAAUCUUACGAACUCAGCAAAAGUUUUAUUGUUCCAAUAACAACUAGCAUAUUUUUCAAAAUCGCUCUAUUUGCGAGUUAUGGACUAAUGGCUUUUGUACCUGCUGAUUAUUUAUUCCCGAUGUUUUCAUUUUGGAAUAUGGUUUUAAAUAUUGAUACAAGUUUGUUUCCCGUGUUAUUUUUAUUGACAAACAGGACUUUCAAGAAAAAGGUGACUGGAUUUCAUUUUCAAGAAAAACAUUUUAAAGUUUUUUUUAGAUUCGCUCAAUGUUCUUCGAAAAAGCAAGAGUUCAUCAAGUGAGAACAUUGACUGGAAAAAAUAUUCAGAAAAAUGAAACACAUCACGAUCAUUUUCUUGCUCUCCGUCAAUCUUGGAAUUGA